GCCUGUGGCUGCGCUCCGCCGGGAGAAGGAGUGACGAUGAUGGCGGUGCGGCCGGCGACAUGGCGGGCUCUGAGAGGACUGCUAGCCGGCCAAAGGAGGCGGCUUUCAGGGGUUCCGCAGCAGCAAGGCAUAGGCAGUGCUGAUGAAACUUCGCUUCGACCAUUGUACAUGGAUGUCCAAGCAACUACUCCUCUGGACCCUAGGGUUUUGGAUACCAUGCUUCCCUAUCUUGUGCAUUUUUAUGGUAACCCACACUCAAGAACUCAUGCUUAUGGUUGGGAGAGUGAAUCUGCUAUGGAAAAAGCUAGACAGCAAGUUGCAUCGUUAAUAGGAGCAGAUCCUAGAGAAAUUAUUUUUACCAGUGGGGCAACAGAAUCAAACAACAUAGCAAUUAAGGGUGUUGGAAGAUUCUAUAAAUCCAGAAAGAAACAUAUAAUUACAACACAAACAGAACACAAGUGUGUGCUGGAUUCAUGCCGUGCCCUAGAAGCUGAGGGAUUUCAAGUCACAUACUUGCCUGUACAGAAAAAUGGGAUUAUAGAUUUAAAGGAUCUAAAAAAUGCAAUACAACCAGACACAGGAUUGGUUUCAGUAAUGACUGUGAAUAAUGAAAUAGGAGUGGUACAGCCAGUUAAGGACAUUGGUCAGAUCUGCAGUUCCCAUAAAAUUUUCUUUCAUACAGAUGCUGCACAGGCAGUUGGGAAAAUUCCUCUAAAUGUCAAUGAUAUGAAAAUUGAUUUAAUGAGCAUCAGUGGCCAUAAAAUCUAUGGUCCCAAAGGGGUUGGUGCAAUUUAUGUUCGGCGGCGACCAAGAGUAAGACUGGAACCUAUACAAAGUGGGGGAGGCCAGGAGCGAGGAUUACGUUCUGGGACUGUGCCAACUCCUUUAGCAGUUGGUCUUGGAGCAGCUUGCGAAUUGGCACAACAAGAGAUGGAGUAUGACCAUAAGCGAAUUAGUUUAUUAGCUGGCAGAUUAGUUACAAACAUAAUGUCUGAAAUUCCUGAUGUAGUAAUGAACGGCGAUCCAGUUCAUCGUUAUCCAGGCUGCAUUAACUUAUCCUUUGCAUAUGUGGAAGGAGAAAGCCUGCUGAUGGCACUUAAAGAUGUGGCUCUGUCUUCUGGAAGUGCUUGCACAUCUGCGUCUCUGGAACCAUCAUAUGUGUUGCGUGCAAUUGGAACUGAUGAAGACUUGGCUCACUCAUCCAUAAGGUUUGGCAUUGGCCGUUUCACUACUGAAGAAGAGGUAGAUUAUACCGUAAAAAAAUGCAUACAGCAUGUGAAAAGAUUAAGGGAGAUGAGCCCACUGUGGGAAAUGGUACAGGAUGGAGUUGAUUUGAAGAGCAUUAAAUGGACACAACAUUAAGCAAGGAAAUCACUUGUUAUCUUGGACUGCUUGGAUAUAGAUUAAAGUAAUAUUUUCUCUACAUUCCUGAGUAAAACCAUGUUGUGCUUGUUUUAAAAAUACAAAAUCUUUGGGUAAUCAGUUACGCUUUCUAAAUCUAAAGCCUGAAAACUAAAUCUAAGGCGAUGUUUGUUCAGGUAAAUAACUGCUUACAAAUUAUCAAAUACGAAUGGACAUUAGUUUCCUGGAACCAAAGAAGUUGCAGUACUUUUAUUUUGGAGGUGACAUUGGUGCAGCUUGAUAUGCCAAAUCUUCAACUGUCUUAUGUAAAAAUAAUAAAAAAGUUUGUUUCUACUGUAGGUUCUCCCUAGAAUAAUUUGCAUCUGUUUCAGCAACAUCUGUCUUAUUGCAAAACUUGUGUUCAAACAGAUAGUAUGGUCAGAAGUAAUCCUCUUACAGAAGGCAGUCUUCCAUCUAAAAAGUCCAUGUUUUAUAUUUGAGCAGUGGCAUUUGCUACAUAGCAAUGAAUUCAACUGUGCCUAAGGUUUACUAGCUCCCAAAUGCAGAUCACAUUCACUUUUUCACAAAUUCACCUUUUCCUUACCUUUACCCUUGAUUUGUUAUCACAAUUUUUUUCUCCUGCUUUCCAGAAUAAUUUUUUCUGAGCUAUUUAUUGAUUUAUUUUUGAGUGACGAUGGAAGAUUUCAAUGUAAUGUUUUUCCUGUAGAGCAACAUAUUUUGGUUUUUGCUGAUAAGAAGCUAUGGUCUUGAGAAUGAGAUUGUGUCUGUCUAGAAAUAUCCCAGUUAUAGAAAUAUCCCAGGUUGAUCAUCACUUAAAAAAAUAAAACAAUGUCAUUGCCUUUCACUUCAGGGUGCUAGAUUAAGUUAAACUGGUGAGGCUAGUAUUUUUGGUACUCAGAAAUGUGUGCCCUCAUUUGUAUCAGAUUUUUUUUUUUACUGGUAUUACUUUUUCUAGUAG